AUGGCGACCGAGGGAAUGAUCCUCACUAACCACGACCACCAAAUCCGGGUUGGAGUCCUCACAGUGAGUGAUAGUUGCUUCAGAAAUCUUGCAGAAGAUCGCAGUGGGAUAAAUCUCAAAGAUCUCGUACAAGAUCCUUCUUUGUUGGGUGGGACUAUAUCAGCAUACAAGAUAGUACCAGAUGAAAUAGAAGAAAUCAAGGAAACCCUGAUAGAUUGGUGUGAUGAAAAGGAACUUAAUUUGAUAUUAACAACUGGAGGAACAGGGUUUGCACCACGAGAUGUCACUCCAGAGGCCACAAAAGAAGUAAUAGAACGGGAAGCACCAGGGAUGGCCCUGGCAAUGCUGAUGGGAUCACUUAAUGUUACACCUCUGGGCAUGCUCUCUAGGCCUGUAUGUGGAAUCAGAGGGAAAACUCUCAUAAUUAACUUGCCAGGUAGCAAGAAAGGAUCUCAGGAAUGCUUUCAGUUCAUACUACCAGCCCUACCUCAUGCCAUUGACCUUUUACGUGAUGCCAUUGUAAAAGUAAAGGAAGUUCAUGAUGAACUUGAAGAUUUACCUUCCCCGCCACCACCUCUUUCCCCUCCUCCCACAACUAGCCCCCAUAAACAGACAGAAGACAAAGGGGUUCAAUGUGAGGAAGAGGAAGAAGAGAAGAAAGAUAGUGGUGUUGCUUCAACAGAAGAUAGUUCUUCAUCACAUAUAACUGCAGCAGCCAUUGCGGCCAAGAAGCAUCCAUUCUACACCAGUCCUGCUGUUAUCAUGGCACACGGUGAGCAGCCCAUCCCUGGUCUCAUCAGUUAUUCCCAUGAUGCAACAGGCAGUGCAGAGGAACCGAUUCCAGACUCCAUCAUUUCUCGUGGCGUUCAGGUGCUCCCACGAGACACAGCCUCCCUCAGUACUACUCCUUCGGAAUCUCCUCGUGCUCAGGCUACAUCUCGCCUUUCUACAGCUUCCUGCCCGACACCAAAAGUCCAGUCCAGGUGCAGCAGCAAGGAGAACAUUCUCAGAGCCAGUCACAGUGCUGUCGAUAUCACCAAGGUGGCUAGAAGACACCGCAUGUCUCCUUUUCCUCUGACAUCUAUGGACAAAGCCUUUAUUACAGUCCUGGAGAUGACUCCGGUGCUUGGGACAGAAAUUAUCAACUACCGAGAUGGAAUGGGGCGAGUCCUUGCUCAAGAUGUAUAUGCAAAAGACAACCUACCCCCUUUCCCAGCAUCAGUAAAAGAUGGCUAUGCUGUCCGAGCUGCUGAUGGCCCAGGAGAUCGUUUCAUCAUUGGAGAAUCCCAAGCUGGUGAACAGCCGACUCAGACAGUAAUGCCAGGACAAGUCAUGCGGGUUACAACAGGUGCUCCAAUCCCCUGUGGUGCUGAUGCAGUAGUACAAGUGGAAGAUACUGAACUUAUCAGGGAAUCCGAUGAUGGCACAGAGGAGCUUGAAGUACGAAUUCUGGUACAAGCUCGGCCAGGCCAAGAUAUCAGACCCAUUGGCCAUGACAUUAAAAGAGGGGAAUGCGUUUUGGCCAAAGGAACCCACAUGGGCCCCUCAGAGAUUGGUCUUCUGGCAACUGUAGGUGUUACAGAGGUUGAAGUUAAUAAGUUUCCAGUGGUUGCAGUCAUGUCAACAGGGAAUGAGUUGCUAAAUCCUGAAGAUGACCUCUUACCAGGAAAGAUUCGAGACAGCAAUCGUUCAACCCUCUUAGCAACAAUUCAGGAACAUGGUUACCCCACAAUCAACUUGGGAAUUGUGGGAGACAACCCAGAUGACUUACUCAAUGCCUUGAAUGAGGGUAUCAGUCGUGCUGAUGUCAUCAUCACAUCAGGGGGUGUGUCCAUGGGGGAAAAGGACUAUCUCAAGCAGGUGCUGGACAUUGAUCUUCAUGCCCAGAUCCAUUUUGGCAGGGUUUUUAUGAAACCAGGCCUGCCAACAACAUUUGCAACUUUGGAUAUUGAUGGUGUAAGAAAAAUAAUCUUUGCACUACCAGGGAAUCCUGUGUCAGCCGUGGUCACCUGCAAUCUCUUUGUUGUGCCUGCACUGAGAAAGAUGCAAGGCAUCUUGGAUCCUCGGCCAACCAUCAUCAAAGCCAGGUUAUCAUGUGAUGUAAAGCUGGAUCCUCGCCCAGAAUACCACCGGUGUAUACUGACUUGGCAUCACCAAGAGCCACUCCCUUGGGCACAGAGUACAGGUAAUCAGAUGAGCAGCCGUCUGAUGAGCAUGCGCAGCGCCAACGGUUUAUUGAUGCUUCCUCCAAAGACAGAGCAGUACGUGGAGCUCCACAAGGGCGAGGUGGUGGACGUCAUGGUCAUCGGGCGGCUAUGA